AAGUGGACCACUUGCCGCUUUCUCUUCUUCCAAAACCAUAUAUAAUAAGGGUCAUGACUCAUUUUUCAUAAACCCACUAAGCCAUCCCUCCACAAGAGCACACCUUCUCUGCUAAAGUAUCUGUGUCUUCCUUCAACCCGUUCGCCUUUCCAAACCAAUGUCUCAGGGAAGAGGCAGUGCAUCUCGAACCGCCGCCGCCGCCGCGCUCAUGCUAAUUUACCUCCUUGCUCAAGCCGAGUAUGCUCGAGCAGCGACCUACACGGUUGGUGGCUCUAGUGGCUGGACAUUCAACAUGGCGAGCUGGCCCCAAGGCAAGACAUUCAGAGCUGGUGACACUCUCAUAUUCAAGUAUGACCGGACGCUCCACAACGUUGUGGCGCUGGACAAGGGCAGUUACGACAGUUGCCGGACUCCAGUGGGAGCGAAGGUCUACAAUUCUGGCAACGACCGGAUCAGACUGGCCAAGGGGCCGAACUACUUCAUAUGCAACUUUCCUGGUCACUGCGAGUCAGCUAUGAAGAUUGCUGUGAAUGCAGCUUGAUGAGAGAUCACUAUAAGCUGAUUGUAAUGGAGAGGAAUAACAUAGCAUCGUUCAAUGCUUUGAUUCUGAAUAUCUCUGUCUCUGUCUCUGUCUCUCUUGCUUGAUGUACAAUAUUUGCUCUAUAUAAUGAGCAAAAGAAUCACUAGUCAAUGUGCUGGCUUGUUAUGA